ACGACAAAUAGGCUUGUACACCAAUUCAGUAGAAGCUGUCGGCUGAGCGCGCAGCCCGUUGAUAAAAAUGUUGCGUCUAAAUAUUGUGUCAAUGUAAUUGUUUAUAUUGUGUAAAUAAUCGUUUAAGCAUAGAACAAACUUUGCGGACACAACACCACAAUAGAAUGGUUAUGAGGAUUUAAAGAUUCUAAAGAGUUUAAAAAAGUUAACCCAUUCAGUGUUUUGCCCGAGUCUCGCUCGGGGAAAUAGAUCGCUUUUAUAGUGCUUUGCCCUCGGUGAGAGUCGGGUUGGCUUUUUGCUCCGUUUUGAGGCGUUCUUUAUCGCGCGUAGCUGUGUAAAAGCUGUUUGAUGACUCACUGCACUGAAACUGAAAUUCUUAGAAACAAUUUUAUUCAAAACAUGAUGACUGCAGACGUAAUGCGAUAAACUUACUAAAAUCGCAUCGCUACUGAAAUCCACAAGUCACAAGAAAAAAAAACCCAAUAAUUAUCACUUUAACACUCUGGGCGCUGGCAUUGGCGACGAAAAAUUGGGUGAAUGUGAAUUGUUGAUCUCAAUUUCCUCAAGCGUCAAAUACACUAAGUGACUCAUGAACGGGAUCUAAACGGCUCAAGCUCUCAACCUGAAAAUAAUCCUAAAAGACUCCGUUUAGCAGACGGCGCAGCUUACGAUUUCUUUUCUAGGGAUAUUUAAAUUUUCCAGUAAUUUUAACUUAAUAUGUGAUGUUUGAUUAAUGCAACUUAAUUUAUCAACAAGAGCAACAAUCUCAAGACCAUUCUAGGAAUCUUAUCCAUCUCGUUUUAAAAGGAAACGGCCGAAUGAUGAAGAAACAUAAAUUACAGGGUUUACCUAGCCAAUCCGGCAUCGUCAAAGCGUUAUCGGUCGCCGUAAAUACUUUUUCGGGCGACGCAAACCCUCAAUUGGGCACUGUUUACGUCGCCCGAAAAAGUAUUUACAGCGACCGAUAACGCUUUGACGACCCCCGAUUGGCUAGGUAAACCCUGUAAGUACGCAGCUAUUACUGAGCAAACGCAGUUUUCGUAGAUUUUUGAUAUCGUUAUCUCCUAAUCGCUGUGUUCGUUGUGCCAUUGCAAAAGUUAUAAGAAGAGUAAGUUCAAAACUAAAAUUAGUUUAGUACAGAUUCGCACGUCCGUAUGUUUUAAAUUUCAGUGUUCAAAAUUGUAUGAACGACCUGACUUUCCGUGGUGAAUUUGUAGUUUAAGUGCAGGAAAUUACAGAAAAAUGGCUAACUCAUCCAUCAGUGAAAUAGAUGACAAUGACAAUGCGGACGUCACCUUUAUCGUGAAGGGCGAGCAUCUACCAGCACAUCGGAUCAUACUGGCGACCAGGAGUGAAUACUUUCGGGCGCUAUUAUACGGUGGACUGAAGGAGUCAAAGCAGAAUGAGAUUACACUCGAUAUUCCGGCAAAAGCAUUCAAGUAUCUGAUGAAAUACAUCUACACCGGCCGUUUGUCACUAAAUCAGAUGAAGAACACCGACAUUCUAGAUAUACUUGAGUUAGCUCAUCAGUAUCGGUUUGUCGACUUGCAGACGGCUAUUUCGGAUUACCUUUGCAAAGUUAUUUGCAUGGACAAUGUGUGCUAUAUAUCAAGAACUGCUUGUUUAUUAGACCUUAACAGCUUAUCCACUGCAUGCUACUCAUUUAUGGACAAGAAUGUGAGCAAUGUGAUGAAACCGCAUAUAUUCCGUAACAUCUCCUAUGAGGCCCUGUUGGGUGUAUUAAAGCGGACGACUUUUUUCGAUGAUGAAGUCGAAAUCUUUAAAGCUGUUCAUGAUUGGUGCCGAUUUAAUGAAGCAAAAUCAGAUAAAGCUGAGAAGCUCUAUAAUCAAGUACGGUUUACGCUGAUGUCUCAGCAUGACCUUUUGAAUGUGGUGCGGAGUGCAAAUGUCCUGGAUCCGAAUCGUCUGUUGGAUAUAAUUGCUGAGAAAGAGAAGUCAUCGGAAUUGCCUCAUCGAGCUUCAUCCUUGCUAGAGAUGACUCUACUCAACGAUAUGAUUAAGUGGUACUUCUCAGGUGCAACAUCAUGGAGCUGGAUUGGUGUAAUCGAUUUGGAUAAACUUUUCAUGGUCAACUGUAUUCGAGUGGAAAAGUCAAAUAAAUUGUAUUCUAACUAUCAGAUAGAAGUUUCACACGAUCAACAGUGUUGGACCCAAGUUGCCCCACGUACAGGAUCCUUUAAUUUUUGGACCGUAGCCCAGUUUCGGAAUAGGCUUGUUCGUUUCAUUCGUAUUUCUUUCGUCAGAGAAACAGAGGACAUUGCAUCCAUUAAAGUAAUGUACAAUAAACAUACUUAACAUCACAAUGAGGGGUGGCCCUGUGGUACACACGGCUUAACAACAUAUCUACAUGUGUUUCAAGAAAACGAUUAAAUAAAGAGAUCCCUGCAAGUAAAGUCGAUUUAGAUGAAGAA